AUGGCGAUGGAACAGGGAGAGAAACGGACAAUCCAUCCGUUCUUCUGUAAAGAUUUUGGAGUUCAGGCCAAAGCAGCACCUCAAUCGACCUCCGUCGCCGAUAGUGUUCCCUCGCAUGAUACCUCGAAUGGCGCAGUACAUCACGAUACCGUUAAUGAAGAUUGCGAACAGCCUGCAGGCAAUUCGGAGUCAUCGAACAUCCCGACUUCGCCUGAUAUUACGCUAGAAGAUGACACCAAUUCGAAUAGGAGGAAACGGCGAAGGACAGAUCAGCACGUCGUGUCUAGCAUUGCAAAUGGUACACCAUUAAACCCUGAAGAGGGGAACACUACAGCAUCGAACCCUGUAACAAAACAUGACGAUGCUACGCUUGUGUCGACCAUCAAGUCUCAAAUCCCUACAACCGACAAUACGGAUUCUCCAAAGCCGCAACCCCCAACCAUAGAAAACCCUACCCCGACAGGCCCUGCGAAUGAUGCGACAGUGCAAACUGAAGAAAGGCGAUAUCCAGAACGGCAGCGAACACUUAGGCUCAAUCCAAACGGAAAGCUGUUGAGCUCACCUACCGGGAAGCAGCCGGAAGAAAAGGAGCCGAAGAAAAAGGAUAAAAGCAAAAAGGGGUCUCGAAAACCCAAAAAAGAUGGCAAUAAGCUGGUUAUCAUCAAAUAUGCCAGUCAUGAAAACGCCAGGGAAAAGAUAGGGAAGAUAAUAGACGACAUUAUCAAUGCCCGAACAAGAUACCAAUCCCAACGUGUUGCUUCUAAACCAGCUUCUGUUCCUACACCGAAACAGACUCCUCGAGCUACAGUGAACCAACCGCCGAAGCCCACACACCCGUUUUUCUCGAAGAAUUCUACGCGAAAGCCUGAUACCCCUACCCAAUCUCACAGCGAAAAUUCGACAACAUUGAAUCCACUUGCGGAGACCCCUCGCCGGCCCCUAUCGUUAACUCGAGAAGGCUCAGGCGUUAUUUCUGCCCCUUCUUUCAGACCGCGCGUUUCUAAAUUUCCUGAACCCAUUCAUCCUCUAUGGCCACCACGAGACUUCGUUCAUGUCCGAGGUGCCGGGGCGGGCACCAACCCUUAUCGAGACUCCCUUUACUCCAAUGCGGACCAGAGAAAGGCAAAAGGGGUUUCUGUUCGUAUCCAUGACAAAGAAAAUAUACUCCUCUCGGGACCAUUUGGGCAGUCCGUGAAGAAACCAAUGCUUCGAGCUCUCCGGUUACCGACCAGAUUUGUUGCUAGCGGGAACGUUUUGAGAAAGGCCCUAACGAGCCAACUUUCAGAACAUUCAUCGAGACACAAAAAUGGUGAUACCCCUAUUAAGAAAGACGCUCACCCUGGUAUUUCCCGAUUAUACUCAUCAUUAGCAACAUUUUUGACUGCGUUUGACCGCGGACAGUGCGACACAUGUCUCUGGACCCAAAAAUAUGCCCCUAAUUCCGCAGAGGAAGUUUUGCAAACCGGAAAAGAAGCACAUAUGCUUCGAGAUUGGCUAAAGUUCCUCAUUAUCUCUGCCGUCGAUACGGGAAAGCCGUCCAAAGAUACCGAAAAGGCGAAACAAAAAUCGGAAGAGAGAAGACGGGCAAAGAAGCGCCAGAAGAAGGACAAAUUGGACGGAUUCAUUGUGUCAAGUGAAGACGAAGCGUCAGAAAUGGGCGAGCUCGAGUCAGAAGAGGACGAGCUCGCUGGGGACGUGACCGUUUUCUCUUCCAAGCGCACUGUUAUUCGAUCCGGUGAUUUGAUGGCCGGCUCAAAAGGCUCAGAAAGAGGCCGGAUGACCAAUGCGAUUCUUCUCAGCGGACCCGCGGGAUCUGGGAAAACUGCCUCUGUGCAUGCGGUGGCCAAGGAACUUGGUUUUGAAGUUUUUGAGAUCAACCCAGGAAGCCGCCGGAACGGUCGAGAUGUUGUCGAGCGUGUCGGUGACAUGACCCGAAAUCAUAUUGUGCACAAAAUGCACUUUGCCGACGAGGGUUCUAGCCAGCUGCCGGAAGCUAGCACUCAAGGAGAAGAACAGGAAGGUGGAAAACAGAACAAGUUAUUGAGCUUCUUCAAAUCGAGACCUGCCGAUACCAAGACAAAGAAGGAAACUCCAUCCACCCCGAAGGAGGCAGAGCCGGAGGCUGAUGCAAAGCGAUCCCAAAAACAGUCUCUUAUUCUUUUGGAGGAAGCCGAUAUCCUCUUCGAAGAGGACCGCCAGUUUUGGUCAGGAGUAAUGAGUCUCAUACAGCAGUCGAGGCGACCAAUUAUCAUAACUUGUAACAACGAGAAACUUAUACCUUCGGAAGACAUCUCAUUCCACGCCAUACUACGAUACCGGCCUCCGCCUCAGGAUCUCGCUGUCGACUAUCUGCUUCUGAUGGCCGCGAAUGAAGGCCAUAUGUUACAACGGAACUCUGUCAGCGAUCUUUAUCGCGCCGCCGGAAGCGACCUUCGCAAAUCAAUCAUGGACUUGAAUUUCUGGUGUCAAAUGGCCAUUGGUUCUAAAAAAUCCGGCCUUGACUGGAUGAUGGACCGGUGGCCACCAGGGAGAGAUUGCGAUGAAAACGGAGACACCCUCCGAGUGCUCAGUCUUAAUACCUACCAGCAGUACAUGGGGUGGUUUGGUCGCGAUAUGUUACUUGACGGUACUAUGGAUAGCGAAGUUGAGUCUCAACGGGAAUCCCUUGAUUGGUGGGAGCGCAGUAUUCAGGACUCGGAAAACAUGGCUUUCUCGAGUUCUCAUACGCUUUCGCCAGCAAAAUCGAAACACGAGCAGCUCGAACAAUUACAAUACGAAUCCGAGUAUGCAGAUAUGAGAAGCGCCUUGGAUUUACUGUGCACGGGCUGCUCGGUUGACACCAGAUUGGAUGCUGUUGAUCCUUCUGUACCGCCAAUCCCUGAGAGACACAAAGCGAACUAUAUUGAAGGUCACCAAUUGCUUCAUGCCGAUCUCAAACCAGAGUACUCGUCACUGGCUCUCGCAAUGGGAAGCACCAUGGAAAUCUUGAUCGGAAAGACAUUUCGGCCGCAUAAUGUGGAUGUGGAGUCUUCGCAAGCUGCACAAGUACUUGCAAACACCAAUGAUAUCCAUGCUGCUCACGCGUCUGCCGCCCAAUUAACAACAGCCUUUGAGCCAAUGAUGCGGGGCGACGAUCAGUCUUCCCCAAGUGCGCGACUAGCGCCCUCUUUCCACAGCGGACCCGGCGCUCUUUGGGAGGACCUGGCACCGUACGUCCGUGCGAUCGUGGCAUUCGACCUUCGUCUUGAACAAUACAGAUUCAAGCUCAGCGGCUUCCUCUCACCUAGUUCCGGCAGUAAGAGGAAAAUGCGAAAGACACGGGCUAGUCGCGCAGCGCUUGAGGGAGGCGAUAAGGCACACACUCGACGAGAGAGAUGGUUUCCUCCCGACACGAACCCGGCCCGCAUCUUGGCCACGGGGAGCAAGGAAUGGCAGGACCUUCUUGUUCAUAGUGGGCAUUUUAUUGUGAGAGCCAUGCCAGAGCCUGGUAAAGAGUCUAGUAGAGAAGCUAGCAGGGAACCCAGCAGGGAAGGCAGCGAACCGGCAUCGGAGAGUUCGGGCGAGGGAGGGAUAUGA